GAGGAUGUUGUGCUUCAACAGUGAGAUUCUGCUGGGGAAUACCCAAGCAUUUGGCUGAAACCCUUCUAGUACUUAGUGACUUUUUUUUUCUUUUAGUUUAGAUAUGGUUAUUGGAGGCCUGAGUAAUGUUUGUUAUACAGACUCAUCCAUUGUUUUAUAUUGGUAAUCUUGUUGCUGUGUUGUGCCUAAGUGCAUGGAUUAGAUCCAGUUGCCCACAUUCAGUAGCUCUGUGCUGUACAAAAUGCUCAUAGAAACUGACACAAGCUAUUAUACUUUCUUUGCCUUACAUAGAAAACUUACGUACUCAGACAUAGUUCAUUCUUUGACAACUUCAGGAGGACUGUGAAUAUAAUGAUGCUAUGAGGACAGAAUUGUAGGGGAAGAUAGAUCAGUACUAUAGCAGCAGCCACAGACAUUAAUUAUUUUCUAGGUGUAAGCCCACAUAUUUGCAAAUAAUGUUGUAAACAAGUAGCAGGGAGACUUCUUUCUUAAUUGAAUAACUGGAAUUAUGAGAAGUGGGUCUUACCAUGUCAUGUGGCUGGAGAUGCACGUGGCAUUAAUAUCACAGAACUGUUUCUUUUAGUCGGUCACUUGAUGAGACCAAGAGUUGUCACUUGCCAUGGUUAGCAAUUUAGAAGAGAAAGAUGUGGUGGGGUGACACUCAGGUCUUCAGCACUGACAGCAAAGAUUCUGACAUAUAGCAGUAAAAAAAAGCCCCAGAAAAGAGGUCUGGUCUGCUUUUGUGGUUGUUAGUCAUUAUGAUCAAACUGUAAAAACAAAAAAUAUGAGCCGCAGCAGAAGUCUGAGAAACAGACAAAUAAACCAUCCUGGAUUUCAAUGAACCCCUAAAGGUAAUAUGACUUCAUGUUGUAGCUUUGGGAGAAUGAUAAAAUUGAAGCUGAUAAAUGGCUUUUGUUAAUCAUUUUGUAUUUGGCUUGUGUUUUGGUUUUCAGGAUACUUUAUUGUCAAACUUUUUAAAUAGCUCCUUCUCAGUACGGGUUUUGUUUGUUUUGGCUAAGACUAGCUGACAUAGUUAUAGUGCAGCAAAUCUCUAUUCUGUCUGAAUAGUUCAUGAACAGGGAGCAUGAAAGAAAACAUGACUGUGAAGCCAAGCUAGUAUUGCAUAAUUUGAAUGUGUCUGAAUUUACUACGGCUAUUCUGGCUCAUCUGAUGAUAUUUUCUGUUUUUCUCAGGAAAAAACAUGGCUUUUCCUUAUAUAUAUAGUCUUGUGAGAAGAGUGGUGGAUUUAGGGGUCUGUUUCUCCUUGUGUUUUAAGAAAUGAAAAUAAAUCAGGUAGUGAACCCAAACCACCUCCCUGUGUUGUGUAGAUGUAGACAAGAUACCAGUGUGUAUUACAACAUGUAAGAGUCUUGUGAGCAUGACGUUACAUGAAAUGCUUGAUAAUAGCUGACUUUGUUCCUCUCUGAAAUAAUCCUUUAAACACUUGAGAUUUUCCAUGUCUAUAUAACACUCUGUCCUGUAUGUAUAUAAUAAGACAUCUAUCCCCUCCUCUUUUGCUUCGCUUCUUCCUUUUCAUUUUUUUGCUACUAAGAGAAGAAAAUGCAUGGAGAAAUAAAUGCUGGCCUCCUGUGUGACUCCUGCAAAGUUAAUGUAUAAAGCUGUAUAAAUUACACUAGUCAACAAAUACAUAUGAAAAUGGAUUUUCUGCUGUCAUUGCUCACAUUUCCAUCAGUCUGAAUCUUUAAUUUUAAUGGAGUGUUGGUGUGUCAAGUCACAAAAAUGUUGGAAGGUUGGAUAACAUGCUAAGAACUGGAUUAUGCAAGUUAAUAAUUAUCUUUUCCUGCUGCGAUCUCUAGAACUCCAUAGAAGGGCUGAAUUCUUGUUUGGAUGCUGUUGCUGCGGUGGCGUGGUAAAAUCCCAACCAUGUGAAGUGAAAGGCAGAAUUCCCAUAUAUUUUGACAAGUCUGUCUGUUGGGACAGAAGCACUGGAAUUUUCUUCCCCCCUCUAUGACAUGACCUGCUGCUUUGCGUGCUAAGAGGCUGUGAGGUGUGCAGUAACUCUGAAGAUUUACUGUAAUAGUUCUGUGGCCUCAAAAUGAAGAAGAAAGCUACUGCAGGACACAAUCUAGAACUAUGAUAGCAACCGGAGGAGUCAUAACAGGACUGGCUGCCUUGAAAAGGCAAGACUCUGCCAGAUCUCAGCAACAUGUAAAUCUUGCCGCAGCACCAGCUUCUGAGGAGAAGAAACCAGUCAGACGCCGGCCCAGGGCAGAUGUAGUCAUUGUCAGGGGCAAAAUUCGACUCUAUUCUCCAUCAGGAUUCUUCCUUGUUUUGGGAGUGCUUAUCGCAUUCUUGGGAAUUGCAAUGGCCAUCCUUGGAUACUGGCCCCAAAAGGAACAGCUUUUGGCAUCUGAAGAUAGUGUAUCAGUUAAUGAAACCCAGGUCCUAAGAAACCAAGGGAGCAUUUUACUUCGUUUCUUUGAGCAGCAUGUGCACUCAGAUAAGAUGAAAAUGUUAGGCCCUUUUACCAUGGGCAUUGGAAUCUUCAUUUUUAUUUGUGCAAAUGCCAUUCUACAUGAAAACCGUGACAAGGAAACAAAAAUCAUACACAUGAGAGACAUAUACUCCACUGUAAUAGACAUUCACACCUUGAGGAUCAAGGAACAAAAGCAGCUGAGUGGUGCCUUUGCUGGUUUGUUAGGGGAAGGAGAACUCAGACACAGUGGGAGCUCGUGUGCAUCCCGGCUGGCCGCUAACACAGUUGCACCUUUCUCUGGCUUCAAGAGUAGUUUUAGAAUGGAUAGUUCUGCUGAAGAAGAUGAAAUUACUUUAAAUGAAGAUAGGACCACUGCUAGCCUACUACCACCUCUGCUGACUGAGCAAUCUGGUUCAGUCUUUGGACUUUACCCUCAUUCCAGCAAGGCUUCAGAUGACAAAAACACUAGUUCUAUAAAGUGUGAAACAAAAUCCAUUGUAUCAUCUUCCAUUAGUGCUUUCACAUUGCCAGUAAUUAAACUGAAUAACUGUGUUAUUGAUGAGCCCAGUAUAGACAACAUAACUGAGGACUCGGAGAUCACAAGGAGUCGGUCCAGAAAUAUCUCAAUGGACUCCUUGGCCAUUCCAUUAACUGACACCGAUGAAUCCUGCAAGCCGGCCAUGCUACCACGACAUAAUUCAUUUGUUGACACUCAACAUGACCAGUUCAAGUCUUCUAUGACCCUUGGACCAAGCACAGGAAAGCUUUUAUCCCCUGGUGCUGCCAGGAAACAGUUUGGUUCCAACACAUCUUUGCAUCUUCUGUCUUCACAUUCAAAGUCUCUGGAUUUGGACAGGGGUCCAUCUACACUCACUGUCCAAGCUGAACAAAGGAAACAUCCCAGCUGGCCCAGGCUGGAUCGGAGCAACAGUAAAGGAUAUAUGAAAUUAGAAAACAAAGAAGACCCAAUGGAUAGGUUACUUGUGCCACAAGCAGUGGUCAAAAAAGACUUUACCAAUAAGGAAAAGCUUCUUAUGAUAUCAAGAUCUCAUAAUAAUUUGAGUUUUGAACAUGAUGAGUUUUUGAGUAACAAUUUAAAGCGGGGAACUUCAGAAACAAGGUUUUGAUAUUUAAAUUGAAAUUUACAAGACAUCAUACAGUAUUUAAAAAACAAAAACAAAAACAUUUUGACAAGUGUUUCCUUUUCAGUGAAAAUUGUACAAGCCUGGUUUUAACCAAAUGCUUAAUAGCAUAUUGAAAUUGGCUUGUGCAAGCAGAUCUUCAUCUUCAUAAGGCCAAGUUUUUUGUCAUAGUAUCAUACAGUUGCAAUACUGUACAUUAUCAGUGCUCAGCGAGUUUUGGUACAACUGUUUCAAUUUUUUUCCAACUCAUGUUUCCUUCUGUUCUAUGUAAGCAUGUUAGUUUCUAUCAAUUUGACUCCAGACACUGGCAUUAGAAUAAAAGCUCAAACUUUACUUAUAAGUUCUAUUUAUUUAAUGACUGCAAGAGUCUAAAAAUUGUACUUAUGGUCUAGAAUGGGAAGUGAGCAGCAGUACGUACUGAAAUUUUUAAAUUCAGGCCUUUAUCCUAGGUGUUGUCUUUCACAUAUGAUACAUCUCAAUAACUACAAUCUUGCCACUGUCAUUGUGAGAAACUUGUUUACAUAUUGAGGUGGGUGGUUAGAGAAGAGUGGGUAUAAUUAAAAACAUUUUUGUGAAUACAUUGUAAUUGAUCAAGUUGAAUACUAGUGUUGUGAAUUAUUUACUAUGCUUUGUACAAUAAUGUUUUUACAUACGUUAUAAUUUAAUCCAGUAAUUGCAGGAAAAAGUAUUAAAAAAUGUGAAAAUCCUUCUGGGGUUAGCUCUCUAAAGCACUUUGAUUGGCAGCAGUUUUAAAAUCAAACUAUUUGGAUUCAGUUAAAAUCAUAGGAACAUAAUGAUAAUAUGAUUUUAGAAACGUGAUAUAUAGUAAAAUGAUAUUGUGACAUAAUUCUGAAGAGAAUAAUGGGAAGUGAAUAUAUUGCCUCUCAAUAGCAAGAAGCUAAAUAACUAGAUCUCUAUGGUCAAAAUAGCUGAUACAAAGCAUACAAUUCGAUAUUUAUUCUAAUACGGUAUAAAAGCCCCUUGCCUGAAUUUUGCUUUAUCUAUUUCACAUAAUUAUUGGCAUGGUGGAUAGCUGGAGUAAUUUGCAUUACAAGAUUUUGCAAAAGUUUGUGACAUUUAGAAUAGUGUUUUUCUCAUCAGAGCAAACUUCUCAGUUGGCAGUUGUAGGCUGUUUAUAAAGAAAAUGAGAAUUUGAGUGUGCAUACCAGAAAGUUUUCAUGUAUUUCAUUAAGGUAUUUAGGCCUUAAUCCUGCCAUGACUGCCAUGAUAGAGAAUGUCAUUUCUGGUUGCAAGGCUCACCUAGCAGGAUGUUGGUUUUAAUUGGUCAUUUUGGAUAUAUUCACUUAACCUAAAUGCUCAGGAAUUAUUUUAAAUGGCUUUUCCCAAAAAGAAUCAAACCCGUGAAAAUGUUGUUGUAUUUCAGUUGGUUAUGAAAAAUCAAAGAUAGAAAUACUCAUUUUUUUUAAUAUUCAGCUCCAAGUUUCAACUGUGCAAUGUUUAUGUAUCGGGAGCAUUACUUGCUCAGUGAAUUGAGGCAUAGUGUUAACUAUUAGAACCUCAAGCCUAUAUAUUGUAAUAAAGUUGGCUAAAUAUUUUGCUAUGAAGCUUUUAAUAACUUUCUGGUUUGUGUUCUUAAGACAUUUGCUAUUUUUUGAAACAAAAAUAAAACGUGUAUCUACA